AACAAGUGCCUGCAGGAGUCCGCGGGCGAGUUGAAGACCGAAGAAGUUUCCCCAGCGAGACUUGGUAGCGAAGGCGAAGUUACCCACGGCUGAUGCAUACGGAAAACCUCGAACGCGUACCUUCUUUCUUGGUCAAGAUGGAGCUUUACUUUUCUCUAACAUCCACUGACGCAGCGGUAUAUAAGGCCUGAGCUCCAAGAAAGUCGUCCGGGGUUGCAGAAAUGAAGGUCGAGAUGUGCGGAUGCUGGAGGAGGUGGAGAGGAAGGAAGGAGGAGGACGAAGGUGGCGCCUGCGGCGGCGAUGCGGAGCGUAAGAAGCCAUCGUCUUCGUGGAACUUGUUCAUCAACCUCAAGGAAUUGGAGGCGGCGACUGGCCACUUUUCCGAAGCUAAUCUUCUCGGCCAGGGUGGCUUCGGUCCUGUCUACAAGAUCGGCUCAAGGAGUUGCAAAUUGACCUAGGGUUGACUGUUCAUUGACAAGCUCAGAUUAGGGUUCUUGCGUUUUACGGCAUAAUUUGUUCGACAAGCACAAAUUAGGGAUCUUUCUACAUUUCAACUGUUCUCUUUAUUAUCAAAUAGGGAAACAAAGAUUAGAUCACCUUUUGCCUGAAAGAUGGAUGGUUGGCCAAUUAAUACAGGGGGUGUUGGAGAAUGGGCAGGAGAUAGCAGUGAAAAAACUGUCUUUGACGUCUCGGCAGGGGGUGAGUGAGUUCACCAACGAGGUGAAGCUACUGCUCAAAGUUCAACAUCGCAACCUCGUGUCGCUGCUCGGUUGCUGCAUCGACUCGGAUCAGAAGAUGCUUGUCUACCCCUACUUCCCUAACCGAAGCCUUGAUCACUUCCUAUUCGAUAUGCAUCGUCCAGCAUCGCUUGAUUGGCCACGGAGAUUCGAGAUCAUUGUGGGAGUGGGAAAGGGACUCCUCUAUCUCCACGAAGAAUCUCCAGUGAAGAUCAUCCACAGGGACAUAAAAGCAAGUAACAUUUUGCUUGAUGACCAGUUAAACCCAAAGAUAGCCGACUUUGGCAUGGCCAGACUCUUCCAAGGGGAUGACACACAUAUUAACACAUUUAAAAUUGCUGGCACCUAUGGCUAUAUGGCUCCAGAGUAUGCAAUGAAUGGCUAUUUGUCCACCAAGGCUGAUGUUUUUAGUUUCGGAGUAUUGAUGUUGGAGAUUCUGAGUGGCAGAAAAAAUCUCGACAAGAAAUUGGGAGAAGAAAAGCACGACCUACUGGGCUAUACAUGGAAGCUUUUUGAGAAAGGCGACUCUUUGGAGAUUAUGGAUCCCACCAUUUCCUCAGUUCCUUCAUGGAACAGUGAUGAAGCUGCCCUUUGCAUCCAAAUAGCAUUGCUGUGCUGCCAAGCGAUUGUCACUGAUCGACCGGACAUGUACACUGUCCAUCUCAUGCUAUCCGGGGAUUCUUUUUCGCUACCAAGGCCAGGCCGGCCAGGAACUCGUGGGAGGAUCGGGCAUUGGACUUCCACACCUUCAUCCAUGCUCACAAAUACAAAAACAAAUUCUACUUACUCAGGUUCCGAUGCUACCAAAACUGCAUUUUACAGUGCAAAUGAAGAGUACUCUCGCAACUCUAUAUCUGUAUCUUUUACCUCAGAGGGCCGAUGAAAGGAAGAUUAUAAUACAUGUUCCCAGGUAUUGUGCGUUUAUUGAAUAAAUAAUUUUAAAUUUUGAUUAAUGUAAUUUCAAAACAAAGAAAGGAAAAGAAGCUUGAGUCACCA